AUGGCGGCGUUGACGUUCUUCAAAAUUUGGAGCCUAAGGGGAAACAAAGGAGUGAUAUACCUUACCCAAGCAGAAAAUAUGCUUCUCAACCUUAUAGUCAAAGCGUCCGAAAAGUUUAAUAUAAAUGGUGCAAAGCUAGUUCUUCAGAAAGAUGGCACCGACAUUGAUGAUGAUAUAAUUUUGGAACACUUUAAGGAUGAGGUUCUUCUUUUGUUAAAAACAGGACAAUUCUGGGAUGGAGGCUUGGACGGAAUACUUACACUUAACGACAACAGGUCUACUACGACUUCAACUUCUACUGCAAGUACAGCGUCUGUCACUCUUGUUAACGACUAUGAGGAUACUGACUCCAUAAUCGAAGUCCCAGCUAAGGCCCCUCUUGGUGGGGAAGUAAUGGAGUCAUCAGAAGAUUCAACAAUCACUCUUACCAUUGACUGUAAUUCAAAUGUGCUAUGGAAGCUUUUUGAGGUACCAUGGGAAAUAUUACCAAAGAAUAUAUAUGAUGCCUGUGAUAAAGGCAAAGUAAAGGACCAUCAGGCUAAAACGUUUGUUAUUCAAACUGUUGUCCACAAGAUGAGGGAGAUAAAAGAUCAUAUCCCAGCAAGUGCUAUCCACAUAAUUGCACAAAAAAUAAUAGAUAAAUUUCCUGUCAUGUUUAAAGAUAUUGAUGAAGAUGGCAUUGUGAUUGGUGAUGGAUCUCAUACCCUUUUUAGAAAAAUCCAAGACAGGAAUAACUAUUUAAAUAGACAAAAGAAACCUAAAGAUCAAGAAAGUGCAAUAAAAAAUAAAAAGCGUCGGGUAGCUGAAAGAGCAGGAUGCACUUUAUGGAGCCCCAACAUUGAUGAUGAAUAUGAACCCCAGGAGAUGUUAAAUUGCACUGAUCCACAGCUUAAGGAUAAAAUAAACAAGUGUCUUGCCCAGCAGAGAAACUUUAUUUUGGAAGAUCCCAAAGUUGAUGCAACUAAAACGGAGUGGCCAAUUCUAUUAACCAAAGAAGGUACUUUCUGUCACUUUAAAAAACUUACUUCAUCUAAUGCAAAAUCAUUUAUGACAGCAAUAACUGAAAAAUAUGAGAAAUUUAAGAAACUGGCAGUAUUAAGCAAAUACGAAUUGGAUUAA